AAAUAAAAACGAAUCCAAUUUCAUUCAAAUAAUAAUAAUAAUAACAUAGAAGCAUCAUUGAACAUGGAAUUGGUCAACCGAAAAGUUUAUUUCUUCCUAUGUAUCGGAUUAUUAAUUGUAUUCAUGUUAAUGAAUGAAUCGGUUGAUGCACAGAAAAAACGUCGUAAUCGUAAUAAAAAUAAAAAUGGUGCCGAUCAAUGUCAUCAAAAAGAAAUAAUUAAAUGUUUAGAUAAAUUAACAUCAUUAGGUAAAGAAGAUGAUCCAACAUCUAUUAUUACAACAUCACAAGGAUUGAAUAGAAUUUGCAAGACUAUCAAGGAUGAUACAAUGAAAUGUGCAAAAGCAUAUUUUAAAAAAUGUGGCACACCAUUACAUCGUGAGUUAAGCGAUUUGGUCAUGGAUGUUAUUAUGCAUCGUGUCACCCAAUUUUGUGACAAUAGUCAACAAAAAUCAAGAUUCCUCAAACAUUCACCUUGUUUCCAUUCGAAAGUAUUGCGUUCAAAUGAUUUCAAAUCUAGUUGUAAUGAUCCAUUUUUACAUGUGGCCGGAAAAAUUGAUAUGAAUCAUUUACGUGCCGAUGAUGUUCAUGAAGCAUUAUGUUGUGGAUUUAAUACAUGGUUUGAAUGUUCUAAUUCGAUGAUCAAACGUGAAUGUACGGCUGAAGGUGCACGUGUUGGACGUGAAUUUCAUAAUAAUACUCUUGGACCAUUGACUGAUCUAUUUUGUCCAUUUGAUGUUUUUCCCGGUGGUUCUUCAUCAUGUAAACGUGUUAUGAAUGCAGCUAAACCAAAAUCUGGUAGUAAACCGGCCGAGAAUACGAUUUCCAAACUUGCUAUUCAAUAUGUUCCAUUCAUGUUCACUAGUAGUAGUAAAAAUUAAACGAAACAAAAACAAAAACAAAAAAAAACCUUCACAAUAUAUUAUUUACAACAUUUGGAAUCAAAUUAGAUUCAUACAAAUUAUACACACCUUAUCUAUUUUUUUUUCUCGUAUUUAAAUAACAAAUUUUCCUUCUGACAAAAUAACCGCCGCCGCCGUCGUUUUUGUUUUUGUUUACUUACAUUCGAUUAUUAUUCUUUCAUCUAAAUGAUUAAAAUAUUAGAAUUAUAAAUGAUAAA